AAGAAUCUAGUAGUCUACAGUUUCCAGAGACAAUGUCUCUCAUAAGAAUAGAAGUCUAAAACUAAGAGCUACUAUCUCCUGGAUAUUCCACUCCCUGAAACAUGUUCAUAUCUAACAAUGCCUGCUUGGUGCCUAGUUCUUUCUGGCUUACUGGAAUUCCAGGGCUGGAGUCCCUGCACAUCUGGCUUUCUAUUCCCUUCAGCUCUAUGUACCUGGUGGCUGUGGUGGGGAAUGUGACCAUCCUGGCGGUGAUAAAGAUGGAACGCAGCCUGCACCAACCCAUGUACUUCUUCCUAUGCAUGUUGGCUGUCAUUGACUUGGUCCUGUCAACCUCUACCAUGCCCAAACUGCUAGCUAUCUUCUGGUUUGGUGCCUGCAACAUUGACCUGGAUGCCUGCUUGACUCAGAUGUUCUUCAUCCACUGCUUUGCCACUGUUGAGUCAGGCAUCUUCCUUGCCAUGGCUUUUGAUCGCUAUGUCGCUAUUUGUGACCCAUUACACCACACCUCAGUGCUCACUCAUGCAGUGGUGGGUCGUUUGGGCCUGGCUGCCCUCCUCCGUGGAGUACUCUACAUUGGACCCCUACCUCUGAUGAUUCGCCUGAGGCUGCCCCUUUACCGGACCCAAAUCAUUGCCCAUUCCUAUUGUGAGCACAUGGCUGUAGUCACCAUGGCAUGUGGUGACACAACAGUCAACAACUUUUAUGGAAUGGGAAUUGGCUUCCUGGUAUUGAUCUUGGAUUCAUUAGCCAUCACUGUCUCCUAUGUGAUGAUUUUCAAGGCUGUAAUGGGAUUGGGCACCCCUGAGGCUAGGCUUAAAACCCUAGGGACAUGUAGUUCUCAUAUUUGUGCAAUUCUUGUCUUCUAUAUCCCCAUUGCUGUUUCUUCUCUCACUCACCGCUUUGGACAUGAUGUGCCUCCCCAUAUCCAUAUCCUUUUGGCCAACUUUUACCUCCUCAUCCCACCCAUCCUCAACCCAGUUGUCUAUGCUGUCCGUACCAAACAGAUUCGAGAGAGAUUUCUCCACAUCCUUAAGGCAGAGUCUCAACCCAAGUGA